AUGGUUCGGUAUGAGACUGAUCAGGAUGAUGGGUACAAGACAGUGUCUUCACGUAUUCGUCGCAUGAGCGAGAAGGCAGGCGAACUUGAUUCAGAAUGGGCCGAGUCAAGACUUCAGAACAUCAAACCCGACGAGCCAUUUACCGUCAAUUUCGGCAUACCGGGGGUCUAUGAGUCUGAAUGUUUCGUGGGUCGAGACCAUGAGCUUGCGGAGAUUGAGAAGUGCUUGAAGUACUCCAAAGACCGAAGAACCGGUGUGAUCUACGGCAUGGGAGGAAUGGGGAAGACCCAGCUGGCUCUCAACUACGCCAACCUGCACCGGGAGGACUAUUCUGCAGUAUUUUGGUUCAAUAGUAAAAAUGAGGACACUUUGAAGCAAUCUUUUCUGAGCAAUGCAAUACGGAUCAAGGACAGCCCGUUAUUCAAGAACCGUUGGACCUGUGUCGAAGAGAAAGGACCUGACGAAGCGGUCACUGCGCUCGGAGAGUGGUUGAGCAUGGCCAGGAACAAGCGGUGGCUUCUGUGCUUCGACAAUUAUGAUGAAAUCAACAUUUACGAUAUCAGAAAAUAUUUCCCAGUCGCAAAACAGGGUGCAAUCCUUGUAACCACUCGGUCUCAUGGGAUUUUCUGGGGUCAUGGUAUUCCAGUGGAAAAGUUCGCCCAGGUCUCGGAUUGUCUUCUCGUCUUAUCACACACCUCCGGCCGGGACAAUUUAGAACAGAGCAAGUUGAUCGAACCCAUUACUUUGCCUUCCUUACUGACAAGAUUAGAUGCGGACGCCAGGAAGCUUGCUGAGAGAUUAGAUGGUCUACCGCUCGCCUUGACCACUGCCGGCUGCUACCUUCGCUUGUCUCCAGCCAGCUUUGCUGAUUAUCUUCAUAGGUAUCAAGAGUCAUGGUCGCGUUUGCUGGAAAUGUCUCCUCGACUGAGCUCAUACGAUCAAACUCUGAGAACUACCUGGGACCUGUCUCUGAGUCAAGUCCGAAAACAGAACCAGCUAGCUGAAAAGAUCCUUCAGCUGUGGGCUUAUUUUGAUAAUCAAGACAUCUGGUUUCAGCUUCUCCAAAAGGGCCAAUCCGAAGGACCAGGAUGGCUUCUACAGGUCACCAAAGACGAAAUGCAGUUUGAAUGGACGAUGCAGGCUCUGUGUGACCAUGGUCUGGUUACCAAAAACCCUGUUUCUCCAUCUCAAGACCCAGAAAUUGGUGGGUAUAGCAUGCACAGCUGUGUUCAUGACUGGACAAUUCAUGUGCUAGACGAUCCACUUAACGGCAAAAAGUGGCAUCCCGAAACUUUGAAGUUGGCUCUAUUCUGUUUACGACAGCACCUACCGACUAAAGGAUAUGCAAAAUACUGGACCCCGCAUCCAAGGCUUCUGAAGCACACAAGUCGAUGCCAGAGAAUCCUCGACGACAUUGAAGUCUGUACCGAGAACGAUGAUAUUAAAUCCUUGAUGAGUUGCAUGCAUUUCCUUGGAAAUCUCUACCGUGACCAAGGAAAACUGGACAGAGCAGAGAUGAUGUUUCGGCAGGCUCUGAGGAAAAUGGAGAUGCCCAAAAUAGAUGUGAGAUUAAAGGCGAUGCUGCUGCAUAACCUGGGGGCUGUUAUACAUCAGCAGGGAAGGAAUGUAGAGGCAGAGAAGUUGUUGAAGGAGGCAUUGGAUUUGAAAAGGGAAACUUUCGGCCCAAACCACAUAUCAACUUUAAGGUCUGUUUCGACUCUGGCUUUGCUUUACAAAGCUCAAUGGAACUUUUCCGAAGCGGAAAAACUAUACUCUGGACCAUUGAAGGAUGCAUGGGGAGAAUUUGGCGACAGCGACAUCUCAAAACUGCAAAAUACCUUCCAUGUCGCCUAUCUCCACUACGAAAGAUGUGAGUUGGUGGAAGCAGAGCAGAUGUUUCUAGAGGUCUUGAAUGGCUACAAGAAAGCUUUUGACGAUGAUCAUCCUCUGAUACUAGGCGUCUACACUGCACUGGCUCGCCUACACCUCAAACAGCAAAAGCCAGUAGAGACCGAAGAGAUGUUUAAAUUGGCAUUGCAAGGGUACACCUCGCAUUUCGAUGAACACCACGAGUCAACGCUUCAGAUAUGUGUGGAGCUGGGUCAUUUCUAUAGCAAACAGGCAAGACUACCCGAGGCCGAGCAGAGGUUCAAACAGGCAGAGGAAGGGUAUGUGAAAAAUAUCGGACUGGGAAGCCAAUUGAGAAAGAGUUCUCUCACAGUUCUCGCGAGUGUUGCCGGCCUCGCUAGUCUUUACAACUAUCAGGCAAAAUUCCCCGAGGCAGAGCAUUACUACCUACAGGCCCUUGUAGGCUACAAGGAUGCUCUCGGAGAAAAUCACAAGUCAACACUAGAUGCUGCUAGAGAUCUGGGACGUGUAUACUGGCGGCAGAAAAAUUGGGUAGCGGCAGAGAAGCAGUAUAAUUGGGUAUUGGAGGGGUACCAAAGGACGAGUGGCCCAGAGGGCCUAUUGGCUCUCAGUGCAGCUGUCAGCCUGGGUCAAAUCUACCACGCCCAGGGGAAGCUAGAUGAGGCCGAGAAAAUGUUUAAACAGGCAGAGAAAGGGUAUGGGAGAGAUCUCGGGCCAAAUAGUGAGCCGAGAACCAUUGCCCUUUGCAGUCUUGUCGAGAUUCAUCGAACGCGAGGCAAGAUGGUUGAGGCAGGGGAGACAGAGAACCAAACAACCCAGAGAAUAUAUGGCUGGAAUGAGGAGAAGGUGCCCCGUCCGCAGUUGUCGUUGACUUGGAAGGAGAAUGAAAAUUGA